ACACUCCGCAGCCUCGCCCUGCUGGCGGCAGCGGUGCUCGCCCGGGCUGAGACACCCGACAAGCUCCCACGCGCGGCCCCGUCAGGAACGGCCGCGUGGGAAGCGGCGCACUCGUCCGCUGCUGCCGCCGUGGCCAAGAUGUCGCAGCAGGACAAGGUCAACAUUGUCACGGGCGUCGGGUGGGACAAGGGACCGUGCGUGGGCAACACGCCAGCCAUCGGGUCCAUCAACUACCCGCAGCUCUGCCUCCAGGACGGACCGCUGGGCAUCCGCUUCGGCACGGGCACGACAGCCUUCACGCCGGGCAUCCAGGCGGCGUCGACAUGGGACGUCGACCUGAUCCGGCAGCGCGGCGCCUACCUGGGGGCUGAGGCCAGGGGGUGCGGCGUCCACGUCCUCCUUGGGCCUGUGGCCGGCGCCCUCGGGAAGAUGCCGCAGGCCGGGCGCAACUGGGAGGGCUUUGGGCCGGACCCGUACCUCACGGGCAUCGCCAUGGCCGAGACCAUCGAGGGGAUCCAGUCGGCGGGUGUGCAGGCGUGCGCCAAGCACUACAUCGCCAAUGAGCAGGAGCUGAACCGCGAGACCAUCAGCAGCAACGUCGACGACCGCACCAUGCACGAGCUGUACUUGUGGCCGUUCGCGGAUGCGGUGCACGCCGACGUGGCCAGCGUCAUGUGCAGCUACAACAAGCUCAACGGGUCGUGGGCGUGCGAGAGCGACGCGGCGCUCAACGGCUUGCUCAAGAAGGAGCUCGGCUUCCGCGGCUACGUGGUGACGGACUGGAAUGCGCAGCACACGACCGCGGGCGCCGCCAACAACGGCCUGGACAUGACCAUGCCCGGCAGCGACUACAACGGCAACAACGUGUUGUGGGGCCCGCAGCUCAACAACGCCGUCAACCGCAACCAGGUGUCCCAGGCCCGGCUCGACGACAUGGCCAAGCGGAUCCUGGCGUCGUGGUACCUGCUGGGCCAGAACGCCGGCUACCCGCCCAUCAACAUCCGCGCCAACGUGCAGGCCAACCACAAGGAGAACGUGAGGUCGGUGGCGCGCGACGGCAUCGUGCUGCUGCGCAACGAUGGGAUCCUUCCCUUAAAAAAGCCCGGCAAGCUGGCGCUCGUCGGGUCGGCCGCCGUCGUCAAUCCGCAGGGCAUGAACGCGUGCACCGACAAGGGCUGCAACACGGGCGCGCUCGGCAUGGGCUGGGGCUCCGGCUCGGUCAACUACCCUUACUUUGUGGCACCCUACGACGCGCUGCGGACACGGGCGCAAAGCGACGGCACCACGCUCGGCCUGCACAGCUCGGACAGCACCAACGGGGUGUCGGGCGUGGUGUCGGGCGCCGACGCCGCCAUCGUCGUGAUCACGGCCGACUCGGGCGAGGGCUACAUCACAGUCGAGGGCCACGCCGGCGACCGCAACCACCUCGAUCCGUGGCACAACGGCAACCAGCUGGUGCAGGCCGUGGCGGCGGCCAACAAGAACACGGUCGUGGUCGUGCACAGCGUGGGGCCCGUCAUCCUCGAGACCGUCCUCGCCACGCCGGGCGUCCGGGCCGUCGUGUGGGCGGGCCUGCCGAGCCAGGAGAACGGCAACGCGCUGGUCGACGUGCUGUACGGCCUGGUCGCACCGUCGGGCAAGCUGCCGUACACCAUCGCCAAGCGGCCCGAGGACUACGGCACGGCCAUCGUGCGGGGCAGCACGGAUUCGUUUGGUGAGGGCUUAUUCAUUGAUUAUCGCCAUUUCGACCAGGCCAAGAUCGAGCCGCGGUUUGAGUUUGGUUUUGGGCUGUCUUACACAAACUUCACCUACUCCUCCCUCACCAUCACCACCUCCAUCGAUUCCCUCACCCCGGGCCCAGCGAGCGGUCCCACCGUCCCGGGAGGGCCCUCCGACCUGUGGGACACCGUGGCGACGGUCACGGCAAAGAUCACCAACAGCGGCGCCGUGGCCGGCGCCGAGGUCGCCCAGCUGUACAUCACGCUGCCCUCAUCAUCCACACCGCCGAAGCAGCUGCGCGGGUUUGCCAAGCUGAAGCUGGAGCGCGGCGCGAGCGGGACGGCGACGUUUAAUCUGCGGAGGCGGGAUCUCAGUUACUGGGAUUCUGGGAGGCAGCAGUGGGUUGUGCCCGGGGGAGCUUUUGGGGUUGGGGUCGGCGCGAGUUCGAGGGAUGUUAGGUUGAGUGGGAGU